GCUGUGUUCUGGGGUCUGAGGGGCUCUGGGCUGGGUUUUGGGGAUAAGGGGACUCUGGGCUGUGUUUUGGGGUCCGGGGGGCUCUGGGCUCAGUACUGCGAUCCAGGGGGGUCUCUGGGCUGCGUGUGGGGUGCAGGGGAUGCUCUCAGCUGCACAGUGGGAUGGGGUCCCUGUCCCCAGGGCGGGUCCCCUGUGCAGCCGGGCCCCAGAGCUCCCCUGUGCCCCCCCCAUCGCUGCCCCCCAGAUCUCGGACAGGAUGGGGCUCCUGACCCACCUCUACCACACCUUCGAGAAGUCCAAGUUCGCGGGGUUUUGCCAGAAGCUGGCAGAGGGCGCCCAGGCCGGGGACCCUCUGUGCUGCCACAUCUUCACCAAGGCGGGCGAGGUGCUGGCGCGGCACGUGGUGGCCGUGCUGCCCAAGAUCGACCAGAGCCUGUUCCUGGGGGAGCUGGGGCUGCCCAUCGUGUGCGUGGGCUCCGUGUGGAACAGCUGGGAGCAGAUGCAGGCGGGGUUCAUCCAGGUGCUGGCCCAGGCCCGGGAUGAGGCCCCGGGCCGUGCGUUCUCCCGGUUCAGCCUCCUGAAGCUGAAGCGCUCGUCGGCCCUGGGGGGGGCCCGGCUGGGGGCCCGGAACGUGGGGAUGGCCCUGCCCCUGGACAGAGCUGGGAACGUGGACGUGUUCUACACACACGUGUUCUGAGGGACCCCAAAAACGGGGGGACACGCCCCAAAAACGGGGGGACACCCCAGCAACGGGGGGGGGCUCGGACUGAGGGGUUUGUGGUUU